CCCGCAUCUCCCGGUGCCGGAAGGAAGGCGGUAGUGAUUCUAUUCUUGAAAGGGCCCUAGGGAAGGCUCAGCCGGGGUGGUGGCCUGCCGGAAGGAAAAUGUAGUGACAGCACUUGAUGGGAGAGUGAAUCUCUGGUGGUUUGUGAUGUUGCUGAAGAUCUAGUGGAGAAACUGAGAAAGUUUCGUUUUCGCAAAGAAACUAACAAUGCUGCUAUUAUAAUGAAGAUUGACAAGGAUAAACGGCUGGUAGUACUGGAUGAAGAGCAUGAGGGUAUUUCACCUGAUGAACUCAAAGAUGAACUACCUGAACGACAACCUCGCUUCAUUGUAUAUAGUUAUAAAUAUCAGCAUGAUGAUGGAAGAGUUUCAUACCCUCUGUGCUUUAUUUUCUCUAGUCCUGUUGGGUGUAAACCUGAACAACAGAUGAUGUAUGCUGGGAGUAAGAAUAAGCUAGUCCAAACAGCUGAACUAACCAAGGUAUUUGAAAUAAGAAAUACUGAAGACCUAACUGAAGAAUGGUUAUGUGAGAAACUUGGAUUUUUCCACUAAAGGGAAUGUCAUAUUACUCUUUAAGUAUUUAUGUACUAACCUGACUAUACUGGAACCAGACAUAAAUACUUAUUUAUGCCUAAAAAUGCACUGUUAAUUACAAUUUUGUUUCCUGCAGUAAAUAAAAAAGUCUUCAAUUGUGCAAAGUUUGUACAAAGGAGGAGAUUCUUCUUAUAGUAAUGAAAAUUUUGAAAGUGUUUCCUCAUAUCUGUUAUUGUUUAGUGGAAUACUUCUGCAGGGAAUUUUUGCACUCUUGUGACUAAUUUCUAUAACUUCUGGUUCAGAAUUUGUUACUAUUUUCAAACACCUUUGGAAAGUGGGUAUUUUGCUUGUGAUGAGCAAUAGUUGCCUCCUUUUGAAAAAUACUGGAUAUUAGUAUAGUGUUACUUGUGAGAUAUGUGAAACACAUUUAAAGGCUUCAAUGACCCAAAUUUGAGCCUAUAAAUAAUAUGACUUUAGAGUAUCAUGUAUUCUAAGUCCUUUUUCAUUAAUUCUGGAACUUGUUUAGUUUACUACAUUUUUCUUCCAUAUCCUCCAAUUAUUCAUAAUUAUCAAACAAUAUUGAGUCCUAUGGAGUUAUAUUGAAGGACAAAAUUCUGACUCUAGAAAGUAGCAUCAUAGUCUUCUAAAAAUUAGUGGGUUAUAACUAUUAAGGACUUUGAUUAUUAGUUUAAUCAUUUCCAAAUUUCUUAAAGCAUAUGUUUAGCAUUAUUUUGUUUAUAACUUGAGUAUUUCCUGAUGUCAUAUGAGUGUUAGUCAUUUUAAACCUGUUAAUACUGUGCCUUUGAUUUGUUAGCUUUAAAAUUAAUCUUGAGAGUUUUACACUGCCAGUAAUCCAGGCUUGGUGAAAUUAAUACUUUUGUAAAGGGUCCAAGUAAAAUGUUUUGUAGUGUCUAAUUCUAUAAUUGAAAUUUGUAAUAAAACCAACUUCAUUUCUGUAAAUUCCAGCCAUUUCCUUGCAUUAGUGAAUACCUGGCAGUUGAAAGUUAGGAUUUUGUAUGUGUCUGUGAUUUAGAUUUGUAUCAUUGGAAAGAUGCAUUGAUCUUAAACCUUAGUUGUAGUCAACACAAAUAAUAUGUCAAUUAAAUUAAUAUUGAUUCUGUAAUACUUUGGUUAUCAGUUAGAAUGACAUUCCAAGCUUAAAUGAAUACUUGAACAAUUGAGCUAGUCUUCAUAUAUGUCAUCAACAUAAAUUAAAUCUUCCUAUUCUGAAGAAUACUUUUAAAUAUAUUUUUAAAUGUUUACUUUAAAAUGUUUAAAAGUAGACAUUUUAUAAAUACUUGCCAAGACAUCGUCAAUCAGUAAUACAACAACCAAGUAAAAUGAUUAAUCUUGUAUCUGUUAUUUUCUUAAAAAUUAGCAAAAGUCCUUUUACAAUGGAUUCUAUUUCAUAAUUUGUCUGUCUUUCAGAUGUAUGUGCCAACUAAAUUUAGAGGUAUUAAGGUUUUCUAAUAUUAUUGAAUGAGACUCUUUCAUGACCUAAAUAAUUUACCAUGUGUCUUCCUUAAUAGGAAAUCAGGAAAUUAAAGGAAACAGGAAAUAAGACAGAUGGAAAAAAGAGAAGAAAGAUUUUCAUUGUUGUUAAAGACUAGAAAGGAUUCUUUAUUUCUUCCAGAUAAAACAUUACUUCCACAGAAUUUAAGAUUUUAUAAAUUUUUAUUUAAAUACAUUAUUUUUGUUCUUUGGGACUCUUCAGAAAUGUCAAUUAAAUUCAUAGGAUCAUGGAUCUAGCACUGGAAGGGAUUGUAGAGGCCAUCUUGCCUACCUUUUCAUUUUAUAGAUGAGUAACCUGAAGUUGAGAAACAUUCAGUCACUCAAGUCAUACCCUGGUCCUGGAAUUCGAGAAUUAGUUUUACCUUCUGUGCUAACAUUAGUGUAAACAUGUUUUUGACCGAUGAAGUAAUAUUGUCUCAGAUCACAGCAAUAAAAGGAUAUAAUGCUGUCAAAGAAUGUAUUUAAUAUUCUGCAGUCUUGAAAUAUAGGAAAUUUUUGUCUUUUAUACUAAGAUCCUUUAUACUUUUUGACCUAUUAUCAGUGAAAUCAUUGCUUUCAUUGUUUUUCUAGUUGUGGCACUGGGUUGUGAUAAGCAAUCCAGAUUCUUUAGCCUGAUUUUUCCCUUUAUGACCAGUGAAUGCCAUACAGACAUUUAAAGACAGCUAGUUCAAUGAGUUCAAUGGAAGUGAUGGGGUUUUUUCUUAUAUGAAAUUAACUUUCACAAGUGGUCAUCAAACCUGUAACCUUGGCCUCCAUAGCACAAUACUUUAUUAGAGACACUUGAGCUAAAAUGUUCUCAGACUUUUGGCCAGAUUCCCCUUUGUCACUUCAUUAUUUUAUUGUUCCAUUUUCCAGAAAUAGAACUAGCUGUAAAGGAACUAACUAGAAAAAAGCCAUGGUCCUGAUGGAUUAACAGGAAUAGUUUAUCAAAUUUUUAAGGAACAAUUAAUAAAUUAAUGCCAAUAAUACAACAAAUUAUUCUUAAAAUUUGAGAAUGAAAGCACUUUUUAACCCUAAUACAUUUUGGGUUUCUUUUAAAAUGAUUUUCAUAAGCUCUUUCACAGGGUUGUUGAGAGGAUCAAAUGGGAAAAUAUGUAUGAAAAACUUUGCAAACCUUAAGGCUCUAUGUAAAUCUUAGCUAUUAUCUUUAUUCCUCUCUUUUUUCUUCCUCAAAGAAUUACCACAGAAUCCAUUAUUCCUUUUAUUUUGUUCCAUUUUGAAAUAUUUCCCACCUUCCAAAUAUGAACUGUUCCCAUCUGGUUUGUAAUCUAAUUUAUACUUAAUAGUUCUUAAUCCUUUCUUCAUCUGGUAGCACUUUCAGACCUUGAGACUAUUGGGAGGGUUACUGAUCACACUUCAAGAAAUAAUUGCAUCACAGGCAUGACUUUAGUUACUUGCCGUCUAAGUUAGCAUUCAUUUCGAAAUACUUGGCCUUACUUAAUUUUUGCAUUAUUACAGUAAAAGUAAAUUUUGUCAAGCUAGGACAAAUUAAUCAUCCCCUUCUAUAUUUAGUUUAUAUGGGAAAGUCAUCUACAUUUGAUGAUUAUACAGUGCUUAGCACAUAGUAGGUGCUUAAUAAAUGAUUGGUGGUUGAUUAAUUGAUUUCUGUAUUAUAAAAUGUCUAAAUGUUCUCCAAGGAGUGGGUAGCAUUUGUUUUCUGGUAUUGGAGCAAAUCUAGGAAAGAGUCUGUUAGCAAUUUAUUAUUCUCAAUUUUAGAUUUUUUUUUUUAGACAUCAGUUUUGUCUUAUUGUUUCUGGAAAUGUCUACUACAUGCCUAAUACAUUAAGUACCCUCUUAUAUUUAAGCAAGUGUUGAUACAAUUAAAAAUAUUUUUAUAGUAAUAUUAAUAAUAGCCUUUAUAGCAAAAGGUAUCACAACACUUAUUUCCCCUAAUAAAAACUCCUAUUUUCAGGAGUCAGCCAUAAAAAGUUGGUGUGCUCAGGUCUGAACUUUGAUUAAAAUCUCUGGUAUUCAUCUCUUGGUUCAUUACCAAGUUUGAUUUUGCUAUUAAAAAUUCAUUGAGCAAAUAAAGUUUGCAGGGUUUUUUAAGCACUUACUAAUUAAAAAUGGCUAGAUUAAUUUUCAGACAUAAACAUAAUUACAUAAAUCAUCAUCCCAUAAAAUUGGACUAGUAAUUUUGGAUAUUUUCAUAAAAGUUUAAAUGCUAGUAUUUGGUGGAAAUAGAGAAUAAUUCAUGUUUUGUAAUUACUCAUUUAGUACUAUACAUUAUCUCUAAUUCAAUAGAUUAAGUUGACCACACUGGAAUCUGGGAUUUGAGCCUUUACAAUUUAUUGUGUAAAAGGUGAAUCUCAAAAUCCUCUGAUCAAAUUUUAUUUUAUAUUUGAGGGGAAAAAAAUUAACUUUUUAUCUAAUAACAAAGGGUCCCAAGUAGAAUGUAUUUAAACAAAACAUAAAGUUGUUUCCUCUUAUGCCUUCCUACACAUAAAAUAAUUAGAUAUCUUGAAAUAUUUAGAUUUAAAGGACUGAAUUAAGUUUUCAUUGAAACUGCAAAUUUCCAUAGCCACAAAGAUUACUUGAACAUUUUGAGAAUUCUGUCAUGCCAGGGCAAGCUUCCAGUGAUAGAAAUGUUCUAAUACAACCUUAUUUUAUUAAGGAAGCUCGAAAUAUUAAGCUCAGGCUCAUGUAUCUUAACAGUUUCAUGUAGUUUAACAGUAACAACUGGUUCAACCUCCUUACAUUGUGUCAGUCUUUGCUAUUUCAUACUGCAUGUUUAUUUUAAAUGGUCUCUUGCUAAGCAUGAUGUGUGUAUUGGUUUAAAUAAAAUGUUAACAAUGAAAGAA